GCAGCAGAAGAAGACGAGAAGAGGAAGAAGAAGAAGAAGAAGAAGAAGAAGAAGAAGAGGAGGAAGUGUCGCGCAGGCUGGACCCGGAGCUGCCAGCUGGACUUUUUUAUUUACUGUGAACCAAAAGAAAGCAGCAGCGUGUUGCAGCAGGCUGUUCCCCGACCUCCUGCAGCCGCGGGGGGGCCGCUCCGUGAGGAAGAAGAGAAGAAGAAGAAGAAGAAGAAGAAGCAGCUGUCAGUCAUGGAUACAGAGAGCGGGGAGCUGUUUGUCGGCGGCGUGGCUGCAGACAGCUGGCAGCUCGACGCACCUUUCUCUUGCUCCGACCUCGUCUUCAGCGGCUCAGAGAAACCCCUGCAGGACUGGGCAGUGGACCCCGAUUGUGCGCUGAAUGAGAGCGAGUCAGAGGACGUCCUUCACGGCGUCGACCCCAACAAGGUGUUUCCCAGCGGGCCGCCUGCAGACUCCUCGUCUGAGAGUGACAGCGGCAUCUCUGAGGUCCCAGUAGUUGAGAGUCCCGUCACCGUCUACCAGGUGGUUUAUGACAUCGUGAAGACUGAACCUGGACAAGAUAACGUCAUCUCCAUCGAGCUCGAUGAGUGGAGCUCUCAGGUGUUGUUUUCGAACUCGUGCAUCGUGGACGAGCUGCCCGCUCGCCUGAGUGCCGUGGACCCCCCCAGCCCCGACGCCGACCUGCUUUACUCAGAGCUCCAGCUGACGGAGGAGGAACAGAAGCUGCUGACACAGGAAGGAGUUUCUCUGCCCAACAACCUUCCUCUCACCAAGGCUGAGGAAAGAAUCCUGAAGAGAGUUCGGAGAAAAAUCCGCAACAAGCAAUCGGCUCAAGACAGCCGGCGGAGGAGGAAGGAUUACAUCGACGGGCUGGAGAACAGGGCAGCAGCUUGCUCGGCACAGAACAAGGAGCUGCAGAGGACGGUGCAGCAGCUGGAGAAACGCAACAUGUCUCUGCUGGCUCAGCUGGGACAGCUUCAGUCUCUGAUCAAACAGACGGUCAGCAAAGGAGCUCAGACCAGCACCUGCUUAUUGAUCAUCCUGGUCUCUCUGGGUCUGAUCAUCAUGCCGAGUUUCAGUCCGUUCAGCCGCAACUCGUCUGCAGACGACGACUACAGACCCACAGGAGUUAUUUCCAGAAACAUCCUGACGGACCCUUCGUCCUCCCAGCCGACAGCAGACGCUCCGGCUGUGCAGUCUGACUCCUCUUCCCCGCCCUCUGAUCGCGGCCAGUCAGGAGGACCUCCGGACAGCGUCCUCCAGGAACUAGUAGAACCCCCUGAAAAUACAGGCUUUGAUGGGAACACCUCGGCACUCGUUGCCGGGCAGGACGAGCCACAGGCGCUCCGUCUGCGGUCGACGGCGGGGAAAGAAAGCCAUGAUCAAGCCAAACCUGCACACGCUGACGAGAUGUAGACGGAGACUUUCGACCGCAAUACCUGGACUUCAUGUUCGACGUCUCGCUCUGAAUAAUCGGUGCAGAUCAGUAUCGGCCAGGUUCGUAAGGAACUAAUUGACCGAAGGUGUUCCACAUAUUACAUAACCACAAUUAAACCUUAACUUAACCUUUUUUAAACCUAAUAUUAUCUUAAAGGAAUAGUUUGACAUUUUGGGAACUGUGCUAAUUUGUUUCAUGUCUGUACGGGUAAUAUGAAGCCAGUUAGCUUAGCUUAGCACAAAGACUGGAAACGGGGGGAAUCAAGAUCAACCGACCUGCACCUUUACUGAUAAACACGUUAAAGUAUAAAAUUGAAAUGUGUUUUUUAUGUGCCGACUAACAGUUGGCCCCUGUUUCAAGUAUUUGUGCUAAGCUAUGCUAACUGUCUCCUGGAGGUAGCUUCAUAUUGAAUUGAAUAUACUUUAUUUUGAACAUUUAAAAAAUAAUAAUAAAAUAAAAGAUAAAUAACGGCGAACAUAAACAACAAAUAAAGAGCGGCCAAGGACAAAAAUGCACAAAAGAAAUCACAAAAUACCCCUAAAAGACGUUCAUUCAGAUGAUUGUGACUUCUCUUAAGAACAAUAAUAAUAAAAAAUGUCUUUACUCACGUUGGCACACGGUGAUUACUGUAUACAUUUAAAUCUGGGCUCAUUUCACAUUAAAAACAGCAACUUUAUGCACUAAUUGCUAUUUUUAUUUUAGAGUGCCUCCAAGAUCUUUUAACUUUCUCAAUAUUUUAGACAAUCGGGGCAAAAGUAGCCUCCCAAAUAUUCAAGCCAUCCCAUAAACCAACUCUCUCCCAGCAUCCAUCCCCACAACUAACACAAUAUUCAUCUCCAUCAUACAUAAUCAACAACACUACCCAAUAAAAAUGAAAAAGACAAUCAUAAUAUAUAAAUAUAAUAUAUUUACUUAUAUUUAAAAGAUUUUCUCAUGUAAGGAAUCAAAGAGGUGUCUUUCCCAAAAUGUUGAACUGUACCUUUAAGCCGUACAUUUUCAAGUUUAUACUGAAACCCAGAAAGACAUUUUUUGUAUCUUUCAGCCUGGCUUUUAUUCUAAUAAUUGUGUCACGCUAACUUUGCACCCUUCAAUAUUUGGGAAACACGGACUGAAGCAAAACAUUUAUAUCUGGGUCUCCCAAAGAUUUUCAAAAUAAACUUACGUUUUACAGAAAUAAUUUUGGGAGCUUGUCUCUGAAUCUGGACAAAAGCACCUCCACAUGGACUCCAGACUCGGGAGGUGUCAUUCGGUCACCAGGGUUGUGUUAGCAUGCUACAAGCUAACGAAGCUAUCAGAGAAAAUGUUUUUGGGAUUACAGUAAAACUUCUCGCCCGAUUUUCAAUAAACUUGGUGGAAAGGUGAAGCAUGGACCGAGGAAGAACCCCUUACAUUUCGGAGCGAAUCCGAAUCCUGGGAUAGAUAUACAAACUAAGUUUCACUUUCGCUAACAUUGCAGAUAGGGCAUUUGUGCUGCAUUCAUGUGGUGUCGGUAUAAUCGGAAAAAUGUAUAACCAACUGGGAAAAUUCACGUGAACGGCCUUCAAGUAUAUCAACGUGUUUUGUAAACACUCUGGGCAACAACACAUGUUCUCCGCAGCGUCCAUGUUGUUUCCACAUGACACCCUGAAGCUCAUGAACACAGUGAAGUCGGAAGAACGACUUCACACCUCGGGAAACGGGACCAUCCUAUCAGAUUUUACUAAUGUUUAUAAAUGGAAUUAGAUUUUGUUGGAUUUGAUUUUUCACAUAUAAAGGGAUUGUUUUCAGAUGGAUUCUCUGUGUUUUAAGGGACUUUUCACUCUGGUGUAACAACACAAACUCCUGCUUCUCGGCCUUUGUGGCCUCUUUGCACAGCUCGCGGUUCAGAAGUGCAACACCGUGAACUCAUCACCAUGUUACCCUCUGGUCUUUUUUUAAUCAGUAACUAUAUGUGUGUGUCAACAUUGACACACACAUCGCCCACAAUCUGAAUAUGAGGAAAACACCCAAAAGAAGAUGCAUUACAGUUCAAGAAAGAACUGUUUACACAACAACAAAAAGCACCAAUAAUUCUACGAUGAUUAUUUAUUUCAGAAUUUAGUUUUUCAAGUCAUCUGAUGAAAUCUGUGUGUUUAUUAAAAUUGCAAUAUCAGAAAAAGAAAGUGUCAAUUUCAGUUAUUUUCCAAUAUCGUGCAGCCCUCACAUGGGAUUCAACAAGCCAAUCAGAGCAGAGCUUUCUCUGCCGUUCUUAAAGAGACAGGCACUAAAAAAUGUUUUCCCAACAUUAAAGCGUGUAAACAAGUUCUAGUAGAAACCCAAAAUAAGUUCCCUUUCAGGGUAAAUCUAAUGCAAAGUGUCAUUUUAUGCAUUUAUCUUUUAUUUUAUCCAGAGGACGCUGAGCUUGUUUUCCUGCGUGACAUUUAAACACAUAAGUUUAUUAUUGGGUGUUAAAACUCUGAGAUCUGCGUGUUAUGGAAGUGUGUCUGCUUUGGCUUUCUGUGAAUAACUUUGGAUAUUUUUAACCUCAGUUUUUCUUUGUUAGUCUGAUUCUGAGUGUUUUUAUUAUUUUUUAAAACAAAAAUCAAAAGUCCUUCUGAUUGAAUUAUUGAUUGUUCUUGUUGCGCCACUAAGUGGGUUGAAUUAAUUAAUUUAGUUCCAUUUGAAUUUCAGCGCUGCUUCAGAAAUAUUAUAUUUAUACUCUCUAACAGCUUUAUGUCGUCUGCUCACAGGCUUCAUGUUUCAUUCUUACUUCAUUAAAAGAGAACAAUCAAUGGA